GGGGCCGCCCGUGACAGCGCGGCCGCGCCGUGCCCCCGGCAGCCCCGGCGGGGCCUCCGCUGCGCCGCCCGCUGUGUCGGCAAAGGGGGCAACAAGUUUUCAGACCUUACGACCUCAGAAGAAAAAAAGGAAGCAGAAAGACGCCAGCCCCAUCUCCUCCCCGGUGCAUGUUACCAUUAACGUUACAGUAGGGCUGUACACCUGCAACUGAGACAGCCAUGGAGAAGAGUGGGAACAUUCAGCUGGAGAUUCCUGACUUCAGUAACUCUGUCCUGAGCCACCUGAAUCAGCUGCGCAUGCAGGGUCGCCUGUGUGACAUCGUGGUCAACGUGCAGGGGCAAGCUUUCCGCGCUCACAAGGUGGUGCUGGCUGCCAGCUCGCCCUACUUCCGCGACCACAUGUCCUUGAAUGAAAUGAGCACGGUUUCCAUUUCUGUCAUCAAGAACCCGUCUGUUUUUGAGCAGCUCCUUUCCUUUUGCUACACCGGUCGAAUAUGUCUGCAGCUGGCUGACAUCAUAAGUUACCUAACGGCCGCCAGUUUCUUGCAGAUGCAGCACAUCAUAGACAAAUGCACGCAGAUUCUCGAGGGGAUUCAUUUCAAAAUCAACGUGGCGGAGGUGGAAGCAGAAUUGAGCCAGACCAGGACGAAACAUCAGGAGAGACCCCCGGAGUCUCACCGGGUGACGCCAAAUCUGAACCGUUCCCUGAGCCCCCGUCACAACACCCUGAAAGGGAGCCGCCUGGGCCAGGUUAGCACAGUGCUGGACAUACGGGAGCUCAGCCCACCAGCAGAGUCCACCAGCCCUCAGAUAAUCGAGCAGAGCUCGGACGUGGAAAGCAGGGAACCCAUCCUGCGGAUUAACAGAGCGGGACAGUGGUAUGUUGAGACGGGAAUGGGAGACCGCGGGGGACGGAACGAUGACGACGUCCGGGUGCUGGGAGGAGUGCGCAUUAAAACGGAGAACCUGGAGGAGUGGCUGGGGACAGAGAACCAGCCGUCAGGAGAAGAUGGCAGCAGUGCUGAGGAGGUCACCGCUAUGGUCAUCGACACCACGGGCCAUGGAUCAAUGAGCCAAGAGACUUAUGCGUUAGGGUCCUCCGGAGCCAAAGUGGCCAGGCCGACCAGCAGUGAGAUUGACAGAUUUAGCCCUUCUGGCAGCAUGGUUGCUGUGACUGAGCGGUACAGAUCAAAAAGCGAGUCUCCCGGGAGGAUGGAUGAGCCCAAGCAGCCCAGUUCCCAGGGGGAGGAAUCGGCCAUGUUUGGAGUCAGCGGUUACGUGGAAUAUCUCCGGGAGCAGGAAGUGUCAGAGCGCUGGUUCCGGUACAACCCACGGCUCACCUGCAUUUACUGUGCCAAAUCCUUCAACCAGAAGGGCAGCCUGGACCGGCACAUGCGUCUGCACAUGGGCAUCACGCCUUUCGUCUGCCGCAUGUGUGGGAAGAAGUACACCCGCAAGGAUCAGCUGGAGUAUCACAUCCGCAAGCACACGGGCAACAAGCCCUUUCAUUGCCACGUCUGCGGCAAGAGCUUCCCUUUCCAGGCCAUCCUCAACCAGCACUUUCGCAAGAACCACCCGGGCUGCGUGCCUCUGGAGGGGCCUCACAGCAUUUCCCCCGAGACCACCGUCACGUCCCGGGGGCAGGCGGAGGAGGAGUCCCCCCCCCAGGAGGAAGCUGUCGCUGUGGGGGAGACGGCACAGGGAUCUGUGUCCACUACUGGGCCGGAUUGAGGCGCGGCUGCGGAGUCUGGGGAGAAAGGACCGUCUUCCCACUCGGGCUCUGGAGUCAGCACCGACCUCGCAGGCUGGUACUGUAAUUAGUGCAAUGCCACCACCGGACAGAAAGAAGCUCCCAAGAUGUUGCCAAAACAGAAGAAUCUCUCUCUUUCUCUCACACACCCACACACACACUCAGAGUGUUAAAUGUUUUUUCCCCUUUAUUCCUCCUGGGGAGAAACAAGACAACUGUGUCAAUCAACUUCUUAUUCAGGGAUCGACAGGAUUUUAAAUUUUUGUAAUGUUCCAUAGUGAUCCGGGACAACAGUCGUUUUUAUUUCUCAGCAGCAUCGUGGCCCAGCAGGUGAGCCAGGCUGCUCCUCGCCAUAGGCAACGGCGAGGGGAGAGCAGUGCAAGGGGCAGUCGCCUUUCUCCCUUUCCCAGGUAGUUGCCACGUUAAAGAAAUCAGACUGUCCUGGUGGAACCUGCCUUGCCUGACUGUAUUUAUCCCUGUCUUAUUUUUGGUGUGUCCCUUUUUACAUUUUUACUCCAACUAUUAUUUUAGGGCUUUUGGCUUGCCUGUCCCAGGCGCGUGGCCUCCAGCCCCCUGUUAAGAGAGGGCACGGCUGUAAAGCAGUAUUCAUUCUAGAGGUCAGCAAAAUUGGAAGCGCUUAGGCUACUGAAAGUGAGAUUUAGCAGCUGCGAGGUUUGCAUUACUCUUAACGUGUUGGAAGAAGGUUUGGAGGGGUCUUUUGGAGAGAGGUGUCCUUUGCUCGUGCUGAUCGGGACAGGUCAGGGCGCUCUGACUUCAGACCGGUGCACUGCCGUGCUUUGGGUGUUGCCAAGCUUUAGGAAGAGGUUUGUGGACUGGCUGAACUGAGGAGUUAGAGACUGGCUACCAAAGUCGUCCUUCACCCCAGCUCUCCCCUCGACACGCACUUGAUAUUUUAUAACAGCAAUAUGGUUUACUGAAAUACUAUAAUCCCAGCCAAGCAAUCAUGGGUGGUUGCUUUUAAACUCAUUUCUACAAACUAGUUUGAUAAGUUUUUUAUUGAUGAAACGCAAAAAGAAAACCUUACUUAAUUUCCUCCUAAGGGUUUGGGAAACUUCGUGGUUCCUAGAGCAAUCACAACUCUGUCCCCUUGCAUGGACUUCAAGUUCCAAGCAGCUCUGUUGUUUAGAGCAAGUUUAGCAAACCCAGAGAGACAUGCCUGCAUUGUGUAUUGUAGGUGUUUGCACGUGCUUACGUGUUUCAUAAGUGGAAAAGCAUGGGACAGGUAGAGAAGUGCAAAUAUCUCGACAUCUUUUGAAGAAGUCUUCUUUUUAAAAAUAUGCAAUACUUUAAGAGUUUUCUUUGGUUCUGGUGCCGAAUUGUUCACGAUGGAGGGGGAAAUGAGCGACAUGUUGUGCAGAUCGGGUUUGGAAGAGGAGGUUUGUUUGAAGGGAUUCUCUGGAGGAUGUCUAAUGUGUAUAAUAAGGAAGGAUGAGGUUCUGAUCCUUAAGAUGAUGGGAGGAACAAUGAGACAUUGAAAAAGAAACAUUCCAUCCUGCUUUCGCAAAGGAAGCCGGGCGAGUGGUUACAGUGUGGGCUCGGCAGGCAGCAGGCUUCCCAAGUGAAACUGCAGCUUGUCCUGUCGUCCUGCUGUCUGACUGCACCCUGGUGGGCACCGGGAACACCCACCGGCCCUGCUCUUCCCAGCCCGGAUUGGGACUCGUGAUCAUUUUCCUACCUCCUUAAAGGCAAGAAUUUGGGGAAGAGUGAAGUACUCUUAACCUCACUUCUGCUUUGUGCAGGUGAGGGGUCUCACUGUUCCUCCCACGUCACUCAGAAGGCAGACGUGGCUCUAAUGAAUGUUUUUUUUGUGUGCGGGGGAGGGAAGGGCUUGGUGUUCAUCAGCUGUACGAGGGAUGUGCUCCUCAGAGGGACCUCAGUCAGUGUUCCGAGCAGGGAGCCAGCAAAGUACAAGUUCACUGAGCAUUUCGGACAGGAAAACUGAUAUCUCGCCUCCAUUUUCCUUCCUCUCCUUCUUCCUCUCUUGUCAAGUGCAUCAUCACGUGGGGAAUGACUCUUCUGAGCAGCCACCCCAUUCAGUUUCCUAUCAAAGGUCGCCAGAGAGCAGUGACAAAAGAUGAGAGAUCAGAGGGUGGCUGAGGCAGGUUGCGUUGCAAUCGAGGUGUGGGAGGAGCGGAGAUAUGCAGAGUAUGCUGCUUUAGUCAUAGCUUUUGAAGUUACCAAAAAUCAUUAAGAAAAAAAGUUACAAACUUUGAAAUGCUAUCCUGUUCACACUAGAGAGCGUCAGAAGUUACUUUAGUUGCUUAAAAGAUUUUUAAGUGUUUUAAAAUAGAACUUUUAAAAGAAUACUACCAAACUAUGAAAACAUAAAAUUAUUUAUAUACAUAUAUUAUAUAUAAAUAUAGUGGGAAAGUUUCCCUGCUAAGCUUGCUGUGAAGAGAAGGGUGAAGGUGCAGUAACUGCUAUACAAGCAGCAUUGGUCUGAAACAGAUGGCAACCGAUCCAUCAGUGCGUAGCGAUGAAGGGCUGACAUGACAUGGUGAAUGCCUUACUUGGAUGGCAUAGCUGUGAGUUUCUCAAGCAGAUUUUGGGUUUUCUUUUUUUACUGCAUUGAUACUGUGAAUGGAGGAGCAUCCAACAGCCCAGGGUGGAAUCCUGCUGGGCUGAAUUCGCUACUUCUGAUUGGCCUGGUGAAAAUCAUUACCUUGUUCCUUCAUAUUGUUCUAGGCUAGUCUGAAAACAAAGCUUGUGAAAGGUCUUUAUUUUUUCCUCUGGGUUGGUUUAUUUUGUUGGGUUUUUUUGUUUUUGUUUUUGUUUUGUUUUGGUGCGGAGGUUGCCACUGUAUAAACGAUCAUUUCUGAUUGCAUGCAAAAGAGCCAAUAUUCUUGCCCAGGCCUCACCGAGGUGAACUUUAUAGCUUUUAGAUAGAGUCAGUAUAAGGUAUGGUAGUGGGAAUCAUUUUAAUAUUAUUUCUGUACAUUUAAUGGAUGUGUAUAUGUACGUAUGUGUGGAAAUCAUGGUGUCUCUGACGUUUUCCCGAGCAGUGCUGAAGGCAGUCGAGGCCCAUCUGCACCACGAGAGGGAAUCGGUUCGGAGGGAAUUGCUCACCUAACUUUUCUCUCGGCGAUUGGUUCCUCAGUGCAGGUAGGGCUGCGACUGGAGAGUGAGGGGUUGGAGGCCGCGUGCACUGUGGCAAAACCUGGGCUGAGCUUCCCAGCGUGGCGGAGCUGCUCGGCGUGGUGACCGCGUCCUUCACCGCGUCUCCACUGCGGAGCUCUUUGCGGCCGCACCGAAGCCGUGGAGGAACAGACGCCGGCUUUCCAAGUACGAAUGCUUCUGUGAUGGGUUGAGGCACAGCUUUGCGUUUCCACAUCUAGCUGCAGCUUUUUCCCCUUUGCCAAAACUGUGAUUUCAACUGUGAUUCAAGGAGGAUGUGAAGCGAAGUGUCGUUGUAAUACCUCUAACUUAACAUUUCUGUCAGCUUCAGAGUUGGGGCUCACUAACCCGUUUGUUUGCUUGACUCAGGCGGCAGGGGGGACGUCCUCUAUUUCUGCAGGCUUCUGUGUGGGAGGAAGAACACAUUUCUUAGCUCUUUGCUGUGGCAAAGAAACCUUCCUCAUGCCAAGUGUAACGCUUCUCUCCAGCAGCCUGCAGAAAGCCCUAAGUGACAGCAGAGCAAAGCGCUCGGACGGUCCCUGCUGCCGCCAGCUUCCCUGUGAAUAGCUGUGAAAAUAAUGAGAAUUGUGUUAGUACUGUGCUGCUGCUUUGGCAAAGGCUGAGCCUUCCUCCGGGGAGGAAUGGCUGGGAAAGAGACAAGCAGACCGUCUUGCUGUUCUCCUGCAACAGGAGCUUGGGACAGCAAGCAGGGCUGCUUCUUUCCAGCAGCUGGCGAGGGAUAAGCAAAGAGGGCUCACGAAGUGGGAAUUCAUCACAGCAGAGUGACAGCACGCUUAGAGACACAGAAUGAGAGCCAGUGCUGGGGCAGGUCAGUGGGGCAGGCCCCAGCACUCGUCCUGUGCUGAGUUGCACCAGUGCUGUGCUUACCAUGCCAGGAACAUCUGAGGAUGGGAGAAAUCCAGGGCCUUUGGUUCAGGAAAUGUUGUGUGUUUUAUUUGGGCUUGGGCUCCGAGUUCCCCCAGGAGCUGAGCCAUAACCACAGCCACAGUCAGAAAUGUGGGGACUUCCACGGAGCUGCCACUGCUCUGACAUUAUCUGGGGAGUCCUGCCAUCUCUCGCCAGCUGCCUCGGCUUUGUUGCUGAAAAGCUCUCUUCUGUGAAACAUAGGGAAAAUCAGAGGAUAUAGGAGUGGCUGAACUGCGGUGAUUGGGGUGCUAGUUGGAGGAGAGGUGCCUGGAGAGGAAGGCCUGGCAGCAUCUUAUUUCUGAGCAUAGGAUUGAUUGGGUCAGCUUCAUUGUGCAAAUUGUGAAUGCUGCCGUUGCGAGGAUGGAGGCUGUGAUGGAAGCAGGGCUGGGCUGCAUGCUGGUCCCACACAGGUACUGGAGGCCUUCCUGCUGAUCUGAAGGUACCAGAGCUCGGUCUGCUGGGGAGCUGCCAUGUAUGUGGUUCUACCAUUUCUUUGUGUCAGAUCCGACCAUGGCUUUUUUUUUUUUUUUAGGUUGAACUAAGAGAUAUCCAACUGUAAUCUUCACUGACCUGUUUGACUUCUUAUUCCUAGGGACUGUAGAAAAUUCAGGUUUCAUAUAACAUUAUCCUCAUCCCAACUGUGAACACGUUACUACUGCUUCUUAUAAUUUAUUACCUUUCCGUUUCUGAACGUCUGUGCGAUCCGGCUGUUUACCAGUGCCACCUUCCAGUGCUCCAUUAGUUUUCAUGCACAGGGAAUUGUUGCAAUGGAUAAGCUGACCAUGCUAGUUGGAAGAGUAGAAGCCUUUGCAGAGUGACUUUUGCUUCCUCUAGCUGUCAUUAGGGAAUGCACACACACAUACUGUAUAUACAUAUAUAUGUAUACAUAUAUAAAGUGUUUCAAUAUAAGCUCAUUUAGCAUUAUUCUUAUUUAAUUUAUAUUUUAAUCCAGUUGUAAACCAAAGUAUUACAGCUUAUGAAAUGAUGUGUCUUGGAAACGGGAGGAACCGUUUGAGGUGGGAGUUCCAAAAGAUCUGUAUUGACAAAAAUACAGAUACAAGUAAGGUGCAAGAGUUUGCUCUGGUGAAUCUUAGGGCUGUGGAACCUUGGGCAGGUUUAAGAUUUGCUGGAUAAGGUUCGACUGAGGGGAGGCAGUGUGAGUUACCGUUUUAACAUGUUUUUUUUUUCUCACCCAGUCUGACUUGGUGUUGGAGGAGCUGCUCCAGGCACAGUGCAGCUGGCUGAGAGGAGGCACUUCAGCUACCUUUGCUGGACGAAGCAGGACUUCCCUGCAGGGGAACCGAGGCGUGGGUUUGCUGCCCUCCCUUGUUGUUGCAGGACUGGGAGGAGUUUUGCUGGGACAGGCUGUCUCUGUGCUGGCCGUGGCUCUGCCUCCAUCUCUCCCAGCCUGCUGUUCCUGGCUGUGGUGGAAGGGUCAGGGCUGGGAGGUUUGCACUGAGGUGGAGGAGAGCUGCAGCCAGGCGCAGUGCUGCAGGGCUCUGUCUCACGUGUUCUGUCACAGAAAUUACUGCCAUCCCUGAUGGUCUUCAGGGCCUUCUGAAGGCCUCUGAACAGCCCCAAGGUACGGAGAAAUGAUUUUGUUAAACAGAAUCGAGGCUUAAAACUUGCAGUGUUCUUCACGGCAUUUAGCUGUUCUAUGGAAAACAAGUGUGUUCUGGCAAGCCCAGAAAUAAAAAGAGGGAAGGCAGCAGAUCAGAAUGUAGUCUGGCACAAUCAGGAGCUACAGAGGGGCCACACAGAGCUGCCAGUGUGUUUAGUGGCCAAUGAGGUGCUGUAGCAGACAGGCACUUGCUGCUGACCGAUGUUGAGAGGCGCGUUUGUUUUUCGGUAACCUCUAUGGAGGGGGACGUUCUGCUGUCACCAAUGGAAAGAGGAAGUAGGGUCAGAGAGAAAAUCUUGCUAAUCGUUCUGUACAGGGGAGUGAUUGCCUAUCCAAGGAAGGUACAGAUUCUGCAGCCAGCUCUACCACGAAGUCCUGCAGGCUUGGCAGCGGCCGUGCCUCCUCUCAGAGCCUCCUUUUGUAGCAGGCUGCCCUGCGUCCUCACACCGAGCAGCGAUGAGCCGCCUGCCUGCUGCUGCUGAUUGAAUAGCUUCCCUUCAUACUCUCCUGCAGGAUUAGUGCGUGUUCGCAGCUCGGGUGUACACGCAGUACCAUUUUUAGUUCCUGAGUUCAGAUCUGGCAAAUAUAAAAAGCCUGUAAGCUAAUCUAUGUCUGAUUGCAGGCACUGGGCGCUGGGGCUGAGCACAGGAGCCCUGCUGUGCUGCGUGCUGCUUUCCUCCUACGUGAACCCCUCAGCGGACAGGGAGCAGAGAAGACAGAGCUGGGCACUUCUCCGAGGUGUGCGGUGCAAGGAGCAGCAGCAGGCAGGAGUUAAUACACAGGACGUGCAGGUUAGAUGUAAUGGAGAAGCUUCUUUACCCUGAGCACAGCCAAACACUGAACAGGUCAUCCACAGAGGCCAGGACAUCUCCCUCCUUGGAGAUGCUCAAGCCCCGAGCCAGCUGCCUGAAGCUAGCCCUGCCCUCAGGUGGGAACUGGGAACCAAAGGCCUUCAGUGAUCUGGGAAUCCCUGUCCCUGUGCUGUGCUACGUGAAGCGAGGGGCAGAGGCUCCGACCCUGCCCAUGCAUUACCAUUGUAUUUUCAUUUGCCAAUGAUAGGCCUAUGACAUAGCAUCUUGUCUGCAGCGGUCCGUGGAGAGGCCGGCUGCUUGCCAUGUCUGAGUGCAGCAGCCUGUGUUCCUUGGACUAAGCCAAGCUAUAUUUCUGUUAGACUUGUAUUUUAUUUUGAAGAAUUAUCGUGUAACGAUGGGCAGCUGUAACAGACUGCCUAGUUCAUAUCAGUUAAGCUUCUGAAACGUAUUCAGGUAUCAUUUAAAUACUGCUGUGUAACUCCUCGUUUAACCUGACAUACUCUGAGUUAAUCGUGUUUCUGCAGGUGUCUACGUCAGUACUUUAAAACAAAUCAGUGUAUUUUUUUUUUGCAGACUGUCAGUUAUGUUAAGCUUCCAACUUUACGUAGGUUUUGUACUUAACCCCCCUCAGUUUUACAGUUAAAAGUCUUCAUUAUUUUUAUUAUUAUUAUUUGAGUGAAGCUUAUUUAUUUAAACCUUCCUGUUACAUUUGCAGUCAGACCCAGUACCAUUGGCCACAGCCCACGAAACUGUGAAACUAAUUAUAAAGUAAGACUGAAGCUAGAUUGGUGAGUUACUCAUGGUUAUAAAAUACAGCGAGUAGCAGCAUCAGAAUAGGAUUAAAAGUGCUGGGACUGGGGGAAGAAUCGUGAAACCACAGCUGGGAAAACUCUGUGGGAACAGCACCUGGAGAUGCUCCUGCACCAGUUCCCUACUUGGCCAAGUUCAGGAGCUGUCCUGAGACAGAGUUUUGUCUGGGGUCUAUGUGCUUGUCGGUGUGUUGCAGGCAUUGGUUCGGUAUGGGUGCUCUGUGAUGCGGUUUCCUUAGCGCUUACACGUCUGAGGAAACUCUGGAUUACUGUGAAGCUUUUAUUUAACGCUCCAUUGCAUGGGAGUUGGUGUCUGAACAACCAUUGGCUUAAGAGAGGUGAGGGCUGAGGCAGCAGCUGUGUGACACUAACAGAACGGGACGGUGCAAUUCUCUGAAGGACAGCUCUGGUUUUGGCCCAGCGUGUGCUUGGGGAGCGGUGGAGCUGCUGUCUGUUUGGCCCCUGGAAUAAGGCAAACACUUCUUGGCUCCCCGAAUUUCAUGCCUGAGGAAAAAGCUGUGUUGGCACAGGGCAAGUGCCAGAGAGAUAUUUGAAAGUGCAAGGGAACGCUGUCAUUAAAUAACACACGCUUCUUGUGUACGUAGAACUGCUCAUGGUUAGGAGGGGCUCAGGAGUGAGAGGGACCCUCUGUGAUGGAAACUGAGGAUGAGAGUCGCACACAGCUCUGUGCUCCUGCAGUCACUUCUCCACCACCUGUAACACGAGGUGAAGCCCUGUUGUUGCCCAAGGUGCCCUCUGCCCCCAGCUUUCCGCAGCGUCACCCCCCUCUUUCCUGUACAACACUGUGAAUGACACCAGUCACUCUAACGCUCCCAUUCAGCUUGCUGAGAGCACAAAGUGCUGCCCUACGCGGUGACGCUGAGGGAGAUGGGGCUGAGGGCUCUGUGCUGCACACAGGGACAGCCAUGGCCCAGCACCCCAUGCAGAGCGGUGCAGAGGUGCUGGCACACAGUUAACGAUGUAAGCAGCUUUGUGUAGCAAUUUGCUAAUCAUGCUUGAUUUCCUAAUGAACUAAACUGACAAUCAACUUCUAAAAUAUAAGAGCUUCUUAGAGGGAAUAGUCGAGGAUGUCUUCACCAGGAAGAUUUAACCAGGAUAACUUUACUAAAGAGCACAGGAGCUUUUCUGUUCUGUUUCUGAGCAAUCACUCCAGAAAGUGGGUUGCGUUAAGCAGCAGAGUCCCAGGACAGUAACUACCUCUCUCUCUCAGAGUGCUGAGGUUGCCACGCUACACGCUGUCAGCAAAGCGUUCACUUCAGAUUUGUUUUCCUUACCUCCAUGUGGCAGCAGCACAGGGCGGCUCUGGGAGCUGUAGGGAAAUGGCACUGGGGAGCACCCUGUGGUUCCAGCAGCUCUCUAUGAGCCCCGUGGGUCUGUGCCUCACACUCAGUGUCACAGCGAGGCUCCCAGGGCUACAUGCCCUGCACUGGGAGGGAGUGAGGGUGUGAGGAUGAGGGAGGACCCACCUCCCUCCCACCCCCAAGGGAGCAGGCAGCAACAAAAAGCAAUAAACUUCAAUAACAAUAACACUUUUAUGUGUUGGUCGUUACUCAGCAGAUGUGACUCCCUGGUUUUAUGUCUUGUACAAACGUACAGGGAGCAGAUCUGGCAUGUGAAAAGGUGCCAUUUUUUUCUUUUUUUUUUUUUUUAAUUAAAGAGUCCCUCUCCAAACUAGAACAGCACUUUAAAAUAGGUUCCUCUGUAAGGAAAAAAAAAAAAAAAAAAAAAAAGGAAAAAAAAAAGAAAAAAAAAGAAAAACCCUUUACUGAAGAAAUGCACUUUAACUGGUAGCUAAGCACGGCUGCUGUUGAGGCAGCCGUCCCGGCGGAGGCUCACUCUCAGCCGGAGCCCAGGGAGCGGCGGUGCCCAAUGCACGGUGCCCGCGUGCCCGUGCACUACUGCAGCUCUACCUCCCACUCCGUGCCCCUGGGCCCGUGCUGCUGCAGGAGUCCCACCCGAAGGCAACAACGCUCCGCCGGGCUGCAGCGACAACAGGAUGGGGCCUGUUGCAAUCCGGUUGUAAAUCGGUCAGAAAAACAAAACCCGCCACCACCUUUGCCUGUAGGGAGAAUUUAACCCAUUUACAGUAGGUCAGACGGUACCCCCAGGUCCAGCGCAGCAGAGGGCUGAGCUAAGGUGAGGUUAUUCCCGGGGGCGUGAGGUUUUUCAUAUUAUGGGUAUGGAGCCCUCAGCAGUUGAGUAUUUAAAAGUAAUAAUAGUCCAAGUUCACGUGUCCCCCUUGAUUCCGCUCAGAGCUGGUUUGCAGAGUAAGCAUUUGUAAGAGAAAUUGUGCUGUCGCCAUCGACUCUCGGCCUAUAACUCAAACGUGUAGGACACGCGUCCUCACCUCAAGACUUAUUCUCACAGUGAAGAAAAUUUCCUGCUGUACUAAUUGUUGUUUAUUUUUUAACGUUAUUCUUGGUUGCAACGAAAAAAGAAUAAAAAAAAGAAGUCUGUACUCACACUCAGUCUGCAGUAGGUUGCAGCGUGGUCCUGCUGUACGCCGUGCCCACGGCCUGUUCUCAGCCAUCCCACCCGCCGUCCCCGCGCUGCUCCUCCAUCGCCGCGCUGCUCCGUGCCCCGUGGGAUGGGCGGUGGCUGCGGUGUGAGCAGCAGAGCUGUGGCAGGGGCACAAGACCGAGGUGGAGGGGUUGUAGAAUUGCAUUUCAGCAGUGUAGCAAAACGUGCUCUUGUCGGACAGCUUUAAGAACAAUGUGAAUGAAAAAUCUAGCAACUUGGGUAGGAAUCUUUGGAAAUUCUAGCAAUGUAUACUUGAACUUCUGUUUGUAUCAAAAACAAAUCGCAUUUUUCUUCUUUCUUUUAACACGGUGUAAAAGAACAUUAUGCAUGUGAGUGGUUUGAGAAUUAAAUGGUUUAAUACUCA